AUGGAGCCCGUUAAGAUCUCCGACUCGACCAAGAAGCGUCGCAUCGGAGUGCUCACCUCCGGAGGUGAUGCCCCCGGUAUGAACGGCGCCGUGCGGGCCGUUGUCCGAAUGGCCAUUCACAGCGACUGCGAGGCCUACGCCGUGUUCGAAGGAUAUGAGGGUCUGGUCAAUGGCGGCAAUAUGAUCCGCCAGCUGCACUGGGAGGAUGUUCGUGGCUGGUUGUCCCGCGGUGGUACUCUGAUCGGCUCCGCCCGGUGUAUGGCUUUCCGUGAGCGUGCUGGUCGCCUGCGUGCGGCGAAGAACAUGGUGCUGCGCGGUAUCGAUGCUCUCGUCGUCUGUGGUGGUGAUGGCAGUUUGACCGGUGCCGAUGUCUUUCGUGCCGAGUGGCCCGGUCUGUUGGAGGAGCUGAUCAAGGUCGGCGAAUUGACUGCGGAACAGGUCGAGCCCUACAAGCAGCUGAACAUUGUCGGUCUGGUUGGAUCGAUCGAUAACGACAUGUCCGGCACCGACGCGACAAUCGGUUGCUACUCCUCGCUGACUCGCAUUUGUGACGCCAUUGACGAUGUUUUUGAUACCGCCUUCUCACACCAGCGUGGAUUCGUUGUCGAGGUCAUGGGUCGUCACUGUGGAUGGCUUGCCCUGAUGUCCGCCAUUAGUACUGGCGCUGACUGGCUUUUCAUUCCGGAGAUGCCUCCCAAGGACGGAUGGGAGGAUGAGAUGUGCAAUGUCAUUACCAAGAACCGCAAGGAGCGAGGCAAGCGCCGUACCAUUGUCAUUGUCGCUGAGGGAGCGCAGGACCGCCAACUCAACAAGAUCUCGAGUUCGACCAUCAAGGACAUCCUCACACAGCGUCUGGGUCUGGAUACCCGAACCACCGUCUUGGGUCACACCCAGCGUGGUGGUGCAGCCUGCGCCUAUGACCGCUGGCUUUCCACCCUGCAGGGUGUUGAGGCCGUUCGCGCCGUGCUGGAAAUGAACGCUGACUCGCCCUCGCCUGUUAUCACGAUUCGCGAGAACAAGAUCAUGCGCACUCCCCUCAUGGAUGCCGUGAAGGAAACCCAAGAGGUCACCCAGAAGAUUCAUGACAGGGACUUCGCCGGCGCCAUGGUUCGCCGUGAUGCUGAAUUCAAGGAAUACUACCACGCAUACCUGAACACCUCUACCCCAGACCACCCGAAGUUGCAUCUUCCCGAGGGCAAGAGAAUGCGAAUUGCCAUCAUUCAUGUCGGUGCCCCCGCCGGUGGUAUGAACCCGGCCACUCGAGCUGCGGUGGCAUACUGUCUGACUCGUGGACAUACCCCCAUUGCUAUUCACAACGGUUUCCCCGGUCUCUGUCGCCACCACGCCGAUAAGCCCAUCAGCUCCGUUCGUGAGGUUAAGUGGCUGGAAUCCGAUUCUUGGGUCAACGAAGGUGGUUCGGACAUCGGUACUAACCGUAGUCUGCCCUCCGAGGAUAUGGAAGGUACCGCCAAGUGCUUCGAGAUGUACAAGUUCGACGCUCUUUUCGUCGUUGGUGGCUUCGAGGCUUUCACUGCCGUCAGUGAGCUGCGCCAGGCUCGCGAGAAGUACGACGCCUUCAAGAUUCCCAUGGUCGUUCUGCCCGCCACCAUCUCGAACAAUGUUCCCGGUACCGAGUACUCCCUUGGCAGCGACACUUGCCUGAACACGUUGAUCGACUUUUGUGAUGCCAUCCGCCAGUCCGCCUCUUCCUCUCGUCGCCGUGUCUUCGUCAUUGAGACCCAGGGUGGUAAGUCUGGCUACAUCGCGACCACUGCUGGUCUGGCCGUCGGAGCCGUGGCUGUCUAUAUCCCCGAAGAGGGAAUUGACAUCAAGACGUUAUCGCGCGACAUCGACUUCCUGCGCGAUAACUUCAUUCGCGACAAGGGUGCCAAUCGUGCUGGAAAGAUCAUUCUUCGCAACGAAUGUGCCUCCAACACCUACACCACUCAAUUUAUCGCAGAUAUGAUCAAGGAGGAAGCCAAGGGCAAGUUUGAAUCUCGAUCUGCUGUCCCCGGUCACUUCCAACAGGGUGGUAAGCCCUCGCCAAUGGACCGUGUGCGCGCACUACGCAUGGCCAUCAGGUGUGUGCAGCACAUUGAGUCAUUUACCGGCAAAGAUCGCGACACCAUCGCCGCCGACCAUCUCUCCACCUCCGUCAUCGGUGUCAAGGGCUCACAGGUCCUGUUUUCGCCGAUGGGUGGCGAGGAUGGCCUUGAAGCGACUGAGACUGACUGGAAGCGCCGCCGCCCCAAGUCCGAGUUCUGGCUUGAACUGCAGGACGUCGUGAACGUUCUAUCCGGCCGCUCUGCGUCGCGUACUCAAGAAGGCUGGUUCUGCUACGAGAGUACGUAA